ACGGAGCAAAGAUGGCGGAAUACGACCUCACCACCAAAAUUGCCCACUUUUUAGACCGUCAUCUCGUUUUUCCUCUUCUGGAGUUCCUGUCUGUCAAAGAGAUCUACAAUGAGCAGGAGCUACUUCAUGGAAAACUGGACCUCCUCAGUGACACAAACAUGGUGGACUUUGCCAUGGAUGUGUACAGGAGCCUUUUUCUUGAUAAGGAAAUUCCCCAGACUCUGAGGGAGAAGAGGACAGAGGUGGUGGCCCAGCUCAAGCAGCUGCAGUCAGAGACCGAGCCCAUUGUGAAAAUGUUCGAGGACCCUGAGACCACAAGGCAGAUGCAGUCCACCAGAGAUGGACGAAUGCUCUUUGACUACUUGGCAGAAAAACAUAACUUUCGUCAGGAGUAUUUGGACACUCUGUACAGAUACGCCAAGUUCCAGUACGAGUGUGGAAACUACUCCGGUGCUGCAGAGUACCUUUACUUCUUCCGCGUCUUGGUCCCAUCUACAGACAGGAAUGCCCUGAACUCUCUGUGGGGCAAGCUGGCAUCUGAGAUCCUGAUGCAGAACUGGGAGGCAGCCAUGGAGGACCUCACCCGCCUGAGAGAGACUAUCGAUAACAAUACUGUCAGCUCCCCUCUCCAGUCUCUUCAGCAGAGGACAUGGCUCAUUCACUGGUCUCUCUUUGUCUUCUUCAACCACCCCAAGGGCAGAGACAAUAUCAUUGAGCUCUUUCUGUACCAGCCACAGUACCUCAAUGCUAUCCAGACUAUGUGCCCCCACAUCUUGCGUUACUUGACCACAGCGGUCAUCACUAACAAGGAUGUCCGUAAGCGUCGGCAGGUUCUAAAGGAUUUGGUGAAGGUCAUCCAGCAGGAAUCCUACACCUACAAAGAUCCAAUUACAGAGUUUGUGGAGUGCCUGUAUGUGAACUUUGACUUUGACAGUGCUCAGAAGAAACUCAGGGAGUGCGAGUCGGUUCUUGUGAAUGACUUCUUCCUGGUUGCUUGCCUGGAGGACUUCAUUGAGAAUGCCCGUCUCUUCAUCUUUGAGACCUUCUGCAGGAUUCACCAAUGCAUUAGCAUCAGCAUGCUGGCAGACAAACUGAACAUGACGCCUGAGGAAGCUGAGAGAUGGAUUGUGAACCUUAUCCGCAACGCCAGGCUGGAUGCCAAGAUCGACUCCAAACUGGGUCACGUUGUCAUGGGGAACAACGCCAUAUCUCCAUACCAGCAGGUGAUUGAGAAGACCAAGAGCCUCUCAUUCCGUAGCCAAAUGUUGGCCAUGAACAUUGAGAAAAAAGCGGCCCACAACAGCAGGAACGAGACCCCAAAUUGGGCAGGUCAGGAAUCUGGAUUUUAGCGGCGCAACGGAGACGGAUCCAUCCUGCCCUGUGUUUUUACUACUUUUCUUUUUCCACACUUGUCUCUCAAGGAGCAUAGUACUGUUUUGCACUUGGUACAAGUCAUCAGCAGUUCAAUAAAAGUGACCAACAAAACCA